GGAGCCUGCUGUACAGGAUCCCAAUAAGCAAGUCAUCCUCACUGCCCACGGUUGCAAAAGAUGGAGAACGGAACGGAAGGCAAGAACUUCUACAUCCCCAUGAACAACAGGACGGGGCUGGUCAGGAGUCCGUUCGAGUACCCGCAGUACUACCUGGGGGAUCCAUGGCAGUUCAAGAUGCUGGCUGUCUACAUGUUCUUCCUCAUCUGCACCGGCUUCCCCAUCAACGGUCUCACCCUGGUGGUCACCGCCCAGAACAAGAAGCUCCGUCAACCUCUUAACUUUAUCUUGGUCAACCUGGCCGUAGCUGGACUCAUCAUGGUGAUCUUUGGCUUCACCAUAACUUUUAUCACGGCCCUCAACGGCUACUUCAUUUUCGGACCAAUGGGCUGCGCUGUCGAGGGAUUCAUGGCAACGAUCGGAGGUCAAGUGGCUCUCUGGUCACUGGUGGUUCUGGCUGUGGAAAGGUACAUUGUGGUCUGCAAGCCCAUGGGAAGCUUCAAAUUCACAGGCACCCAUGCCGGCGUUGGAGUUCUGAUCACCUGGCUCAUGGCUCUGGCUUGUGCUGCCCCUCCGCUGGCUGGAUGGUCCAGGUACAUCCCAGAGGGCUUGCAGUGCUCCUGCGGACCGGACUACUACACUCUGGCUCCUGGCUACAACAACGAGUCAUACGUCAUGUACAUGUUCUCAUGCCACUUCUGCUUCCCUGUCUUCACCAUCUUCUUCACCUACGGAAGUCUAGUGUUGACAGUCAAAGCGGCUGCCGCUCAGCAGCAGGACUCAGCUUCCACUCAGAAGGCUGAGAAGGAGGUGACACGCAUGUGCGUCCUGAUGGUGCUUGGAUUCCUGGUGGCUUGGACGCCAUAUGCCACAUUUGCUGCCUGGAUCUUCUUCAACAAAGGAGCUGCGUUCUCUGCCACAGCCAUGGCCAUCCCAGCUUUCUUCUCCAAGAGCUCUGCCUUGUUCAACCCCGUCAUCUACGUGCUCAUGAACAAACAGUUCCGUAACUGCAUGCUCAGCACAGUUGGCAUGGGCGGGAUGGUCGACGACGAGACAUCAGUAUCAGCCAGCAAGACAGAAGUGUCUUCUGUCUCUUAAGGAUGACCUUCCCACCACUCCAGAAGUCUUUUGCCCCGGAAUUCUUCUGCUUCUGACCGACUGGGCGGAUGAACUCAAACCUCCUCCGCGAUCACAAUCUGGAGCGAAAUCAGCAGCUACUUCCAGGAUCCUUCAUGAACUCAAAUCAUCCGCAAACACACUCCCCACAGGAUUCUAUUGCAGUGAAUGAACGAGUGAUGAUGCGUGUGAUGUGUUGGGAUGAAUGUACGUACAAGAAUCACAUUUGUAUACCAAUGACAUGGGAGGAUCAAUGCGUCCAAUGGUCUCUGUCAUAAUAUUCUGUAUAUAUUUUAUAAACAAAUAUACGCUAGAUAUUAUUAAAUGCAUGCAAAAAAUA